CAGCUGUUACGCUGUCACUGUCACAACGUUAACGUCAACGAAGACGUGUUUAUUGUUUACUUAUUUUAAGAAUUUAGUAAAAAUCAAAGUGAUGUAAUCAUAAUGCUGCUGUAUUAAACACAAUCUUUUAUUGUCAUAAGCUUAUAGACCUAAAUUUCCAUAAAAAAAACAUCAUUUGACUACAUAUGAUAGUCUAUAAAUUUUAAGGUUAAAGCUGUGGAGUAUAUUUUACAAUGAAGCACAGAAUUUUAGAACUAUACAGCGGUAUUGGAGGAAUGCACUGUGCUUGGAAUGAAUCGAAACUAGAUGGCGAGAUAGUUGCAGCUGUUGAUAUUAACACAGUAGCAAAUGAAGUUUACCUAUACAACUUUCCCGAGUCAAAUUUGAUGACCAGAAAUAUCCAAGCUUUAAGUAUUGAAGAGUUAACUAAUAUGAAUGUUGACACAAUACUAAUGUCGCCACCAUGCCAACCAUUUACUAGAAAUGGUAAAUACUUAGACGAAAAUGACCCCAGAACUAAUUCUUUUCUAUAUAUAAUAAACACACUUGACAAAUUUGACAAACUCCAGUACAUAUUAAUGGAAAAUGUAAAAGGUUUUGAGAUUUCAACAGUAAGAAAUCUAUUCAUAGACAAAUUGCUCCAAUGUCAAUUUGACUACCAAGAGUUUCUCUUAUGUCCUUCUAAUGUUGGAGUUCCAAAUUCUAGACUCAGAUAUUACUGCAUUGCAAGGAAAACAACUUCAAUAUGGACUUUUAAAAGAAAAUCUGAAAUAAUGACAUCACUACCAAAAGACUAUGGGGCUCCAGACUCAAUAGAAAGUAUGAUAGAAAAUAAUGUAUCAGACAAAUUUCUUGUUAAAAAUAAUAUACUGAAGCGUGGAAAUGUAUUAGAUAUCAUUCAAAAAGAAUCAAAAAGAUCAUGUUGCUUUACCAAAGCUUACUCUCAUUAUGCGGAAGGCACUGGAUCUGUGUAUACAGAAGAAAGUCCAGAAGUUGUAAAGAAAUGUUUCAUAAAAGCUAAUAAAUUUGAAGUAGGUAGUGACAAUUUUAUAGAAACACUAAAGGAACUAAAUUUAAGAUAUUUUACACCCAAAGAAGUAUCAUUGUUAAUGUCCUUUCCUUCAACUUAUAAGUUUCCAGAAACAAUAUCUAUGAAACAAUGUUACAGACUUCUUGGUAAUAGCAUUAAUGUGAAAGUAGUUAGUGAAUUAUUAAAACUGUUAUUUAAUUAAAAUAUAUUCUAUAUUUGUUAUAGAAUCUUAUUCAAAUAUAUUUUUGUUAAGUGGUCACAUGUAUAGGGGAUGUCGUCAUUUAUAUUAAACAAUUCAGUAUCAGGAAAUUGAGUUUGAUUUCAUUUGAAAAUAUAGUAUUCUAAUCUGA